AUGAAGACAAAGGGCUUCGCAACGGACAAGAUAGACGCUAAGGGCCACUCGAGCGAGGAGCGGAUGGAUGUGGUUCCCCUCGAAUCAUUGUUGGCCCAGUUCGGCGAGUACUUCACGAAACUUCCCUUGUACAAAUUCAGAGAACUCGGCCUCGAAAAGGGACAAAUGGACGUCCAAAACUUCGUGACGUGGCUGGAUCUGCUCUCUCGGGUUGUCAAGAAAGACCCUACGUGGAAAAGCGAGAAGGCUGUCGAUAUGCUGAUGGAAGCUGGAGUCACAGUUGAGGCGGUUAAGGUGCUUUUAAAGCUUCAAGGCCACAACAAAUUCAGCAAACAGGCCAUCCAGAUGUACAGGUAUAUUGCUGAAAAUGUUCCAAGCGAUUCCGAUGCGAUGGUUCAGGUAUGGAAAGACAUGAAGUUGAACCCUUACCAUGUUUUUGAGAGUCUCGCAUUGUACCGUCCCGACUCAAUUUUUCUAUCACCCGGAUCUUCGAUACAAUGGCUUAAGUACACUGAGCGGCUGAGGAAAGACAACGCAGACAUCCAGAUGACCAUUGAAGAUAUAGCGACGGCUUUAUACGACAAAGAAUACGACCGUACAAUCAUUGCCAAUUUUAUGGAGAAGGUUGAGAAAGUGGACGAUCUGGCACUCCUUGCCAAGCCGCUGCGUCACGAAUUUGAGCUUCUUACACCGGGCCGUAUUUUCGAGGCCCAGAACUAG